AUGCGUUACGUUCUCGUUACCGGCGGUGUCAUUUCUGGGGUUGGGAAGGGCAUCAUUGCCUCUUCCACGGGUUUGCUCCUUAAAACCCUCGGUCUUCGCGUCAGCUGCAUCAAGAUUGAUCCCUAUGUAUCAGUCGAUGCAGGCUUGAUGGCCCCCGCCGAGCACGGCGAGUGCUUCGUCCUGUGCUCCGGCUCCGAGGUAGAUCUUGAUCUUGGCAACUAUGAGCGCUACCUCUCUGUCCGCUUAACUGGUGAACACAACAUCACCACAGGCAAGGUGUAUCUCAAUGUCAUCGAAAAAGAACGUCGCGGUGACUACCUUGGAAAGACAGUUCAAAUUGUGCCGCAUGUUACAGAUUCAAUCAAGGAUUGGAUCCGUCGGGUCUCAAAAAUCCCCGUCGAUGGCACUGGCGAGGAGCCUCAUGUCUGCAUCGUCGAGCUUGGAGGCACAAUCGGCGAUAUUGAGAGUAUGCCGUUCAUCGAAGCUCUCACCCAACUGCGCCACGAGGCUGGUCCCGGCAAUUUCAUGAACAUCCAUGUCUCCUACGUCCCGACUGUGCACGGAGAGCAGAAGACGAAGCCGACCCAGCAUGCCGUUAAGUCGAUUCGCAGCCACGGCCUGAUCCCCGAUGUUAUCGCUUGUCGUUGCGAGCAGCCACUGUCUCCUGCCACUCUUGCCAAGCUUGCCCUGCAUUGUCAGGUUGAGCCUGAGCAAGUGAUUGUGGUUCGGGAUAUGCCAACUAUUUAUCAGGUUCCUUUGCUUCUGAGCGAACAAAAACUUAUUCCUCUUUUGCGGUCCAAGCUGGCCUUGGACAAGAUCGAGAUCACGCCUGCCAUGGAGGCACAAGGUACUGGGCUGUGGAAUACCUGGAAGGAUGUUGUGACUCCCACGUACCAGGAAGAGCUCAAGAUUGCUUUGGUGGGCAAGUAUGUCACUUGCCAGGACGCUUAUCUUUCGGUCGUCAAAGCACUUGAGCACUCGGCAAUGAGGAUUCGCCGUAAGCUCCAGAUCCUGUGGAUUGAUUCGGAGGAUCUUGAGCCUACCAGCAAGGGUGGCCCUGCUCAAGCCAAAUACCAUAAGGCCUGGCACGAGGUUUCGACUGCGUCUGGCAUCAUUGUGCCUGGUGGUUUUGGUCACCGUGGCACAGAGGGAAUGAUGCGCGUUACCAAGUGGGCUCGUGAAAAUGAUGUCCCUUUCCUUGGUGUCUGCCUUGGUUUCCAGGUUGCUGCCAUCCAGUACGCGCGCGAUCUCUGUGGCCUUCCUGACGCCACGUCCGAAGAGUUCGACGCUCAAGCGAAGACUCAUAUCGUCGUUAACAUGCCUGAGCUUGACAAGAAGAAUAUGGGUGGCACCAUGCGUCUUGGUCUGAGAAAGACCGUUUUCCAGCCGAACACUGAGUGGUCCAAGGCUCGUGCCUUGUACGGGAAUGUCGAUGUGAUUGAGGAACGUCAUCGUCACCGUUACGAGAUUAAUCCCAAGUACGUUGACAUGCUUGAGAAGGCUGGUCUUCAUUUUGUCGGCAGGGAUGAGACUGGUGAGCGCAUGGAGGUCUUUGAGCUCAAGGAUCAUCCUUUCUUCAUUGGUACUCAGUUUCACGCUGAAUACCAAUCUCAGGUUGUCAAUCCUAGCCGGCCCUACCUUGGUUUCGUGGCGGCCAGCGCUGGAUGUUUAGAUGCGGUGCUUCCUCAGGAGCCGGUCCAGCCCUUCAAGGCGCCAGUCAUUGUUAACGGCACGGCGAACUGA